GGGAUCUACUCUGCAUCUUUGAAGUGCUGUUAUGGCAGAAGACGUAGGAGCAGCAGCUGGAGUUAUUGGGGCAGCAGCAGCAGUCGGUGGUGCAAUUGGUGAAAUUGCUCCCACACAUCGCCAGUGCACCAUUGAAAUUAGAAAUGAAUGCAAGGACUUCAGCCUUUGUAAUCCCAGGAUGUUCAUUGAGAGUGGAGGCUGUGCCAUACCUCUGUUACCUUUCAUAAGGCCUUCCAAAUCUGACAUGGCGCAGUUUGUCAAGACUCCAAACACAGCAUGUGGAUCAGUUGGUGUCUUCACUUAUGAUCUCCUGAAGAAGGAUGCAGACCAGCCCAAUGAGAAAAUCGCGGUCAUGUUCUCUGUGCCCUAUGACUUUGAUGUGUAUUCAAACCUGUACGCAGUGGGAAUCUUUGAUGAGAGCAGAGAGUGUAAUUAUGAUCUUUAUUAUGAGAUGUAUAAUGACAAAGGCAGCUCAUUUGUCAGAGGUAAAGCAAAGGACCCAGGUCUGAUUUAUAAGGGUGAUCAUGUGACACUCAUGGCUGCAAUGUCAGACUCCUACCAACCUGUCAUUAAACUGCAAAUCAUGAGUCAGUGACUGACAUAG